CACGUUUGCCUUACCUUGAACCAGACAGAGAGCCUUCCCCCUUUCACGUUCCCUACAUCACUCUGUCUUUGUUCUUGCACUUCCGCAACGUCCAUAUCACCGUCACUCCAAAACCUUCUCGUUACAACCUACACUCUAUCUCUCGCCUCUCAGUCACCACUUCCUCCCAAACUCCUUUCGUUUUCUCUUCUCUCUUCCGUUUUUCCUCCAGGAUUCGCCCCGCCUAUAAUAUUGCAUUUUAUAUCACCAUCUUUCUCGGUCAAACACCUCCAAUCAUCGCACCCCAAAAGUUCUCGCCUUUUCCAUUUCCUGAAAAGAGAGAGAUGCCUCGACCCACGAUCGCUUUCGCAUUGUGGUUCCUUCUCUGUACGUUGCCGUGCGCGCUCCGGCGGUCUCUGGCCAGUCUACUGGCUGAGCCGGUCUCUGGCCACGACCAGCCGUACACCGUCCCGGCCUUCCCGUCCCAGGGCGACACCCAAAUCUGCAAGCUCGACCUCUCCGCCGAGCUCUUCGGCGGCGUCCGCCAGGCAUGCGGCCGCAACCUCGACCGGAGCCGCUGCUGCCCCGUCCUCGCCGCGUGGCUCUUCGCGGCCCACGCCAGGUCGGCCCUCCAGAUCACGCCCUCGGCUUCGCCGGCUCCGGCGGGGGACGACUCGCCGAUGAUGCCGAACGACUCGCAGAAGUGCGUGGACUCGCUGCAGUCGGCGCUGGAGAGCAAGAACGUGCGGCUCCAGCAGCCGAACGCGAGCUGCGACGCGGUGCUGUGCUUCUGCGGGAUACGGCUCCACCAGAUCGGCUCGCUCAGCUGCCCCGCCGCCUUCAACGUCUCGUCCGGGCUCCACAACGCCACUCCGACGGCAGCGGUGAGGAACCUGGAGAAGAACUGCCGCAACUCCUCCUACGCUGGCUGCACCAAGUGCCUCGGUUCUCUCCAAAAGCUGAAGGGAGGAUACAAGAAAGGGACGGACCAAGAAUCGAGCGAGCGGGCGAGGAAGAUGUUCGACCGGGACUGCCAGCUGAUGGGGCUGACGUGGCUCCUCGCCCGCAACAAGACGGCGUACAUCCCCACCGUCUCGGCGGUGCUCCGGGCGCUCAUGUACAGCGCCCGCCCGCCCCACGAGUCCACGUGCAGCCCCGACCAUGAGAACAUGCCGCUGGCCGUCGAUUCCCUCCAGCUCGAGAAGGCCCAGUCCUCAUCUCUGCCUUCCCCCUUCCUUGUUUCCCGCUUUUGCCCCUAUUCAUGCUGGCCGCUUUCUUCCUUUAGUGGGGCCAGAACUGGAUUUUCACUGCUACGUGGGACCCGCUUGGGUCACGUGAAGGAAGAGGACGAGUACGGGCUGAAACGGGGUGUCGUUUUUAGGUCUAUUCCUUUGAUUAAUUUUUUUUUUUUUUGGCCCGCUGUAAAUUUCAGCUCGUUUUCAGAUGUCUCUUCUUUUUUGGACAUAGAGAUGCUGUACGAGGUCCGGUCACUUCACUUGUCAUAAACGAAAAAGAGAAGGACACACUUUUACCUUCUUCCGCACGACAAAUAGGACGAUAAUUCGCCCUCGAUUCGUGUGAAAUUACAUGCCGUCGUCGCGAUCGCAUCUCAGCCAGAGAAUAGCUCAUCGAGGACCGUCAAUGGAUGCAAAGAGCUUCUCGUACAGGCCUCCACUAAGCGGCUUUGGACUUCUACACCUUUGAAAGUGUCGCGGUUUUGCCUUGUCAAUCAGGAAAGAGGCUUAAAUGCUUGUUGACCGAUGAGAUGCUUGCAUUACUUUACGGCGUUUUUUGGACAAUUUCAUCAUUCGACGCGAAUGUAAUCAGUCCGUCCUAAAUAUAUGUACCCCCGUGAUGCUGAAUUCAAUACCAGAUUUUCUUUUUA